CUUAGUAUAGCUUGACAGAGCGGGCCGUCUCCACAGCCCCUUCUGCCCCGCCGCCCAAUCCAACGCGUUUCACACCACGCCCAAACAACCAAUGGCGCCCCAGCACCCUGUCGACGAAUCAUCGCUUCCGUCCAUUUUCCAGUCGCGCUGGGCUUCCAAUCCAGAUCCUACCGCACUGCCAUUUCCGCGCGACAACCCGCCCUUCGCACUCACCGCAGUCGACUGGGAGCAGCUCCGCCUCAGCGAUGACGAGUACAGGCCGCACGACUGGGGGAACUUUCGCUCGUUGAUUCUAGCCGGGGAGCUGGAGAGUCUGACGAGAUGGCCGAGCCAGCUGAAGGCGUACCUGGCGUGGACGGCGCACGUGAAGGAGAAGUUUGGGACAGCGACUACGUACCUGCUCACCCAGCGGCUGUUCUGGGAGCCCAUUGAGGAUCCGGCCGGUGCAAUGGCGUUCGAUGUGAGGAACGUGGUGCCCUUUGCGGAUCCAGAGGACUUCCAGAUUCUCAGGAAUGACUGGCCGUAUGGGCACGAGGAAGGCGUUCGUCACAUCUGCGUCUGGCUGAAGCAACGUCUGCCUGUCGACGAGAACGGAGCCUUGUCUGACAAGGGCAGGGAGAUGGUUGAGAAGUUUGUUGAUGAGGAGUUCAGGGCCAAGGCCGGGGAGGACCAGAGAGAUACCAAGAUUCUGUGGUUCAAGAACUCGACCAACCUGCAAAGCGUUAGGAGUUUGGAGCAUCUGCAUGUACUGGUCCAAGAUGUGGACGACACGAUAUUGAAGCAGUGGCUGAACUAAGUCUUUGAACUUCAUAGUCAUUCUAGUUUUCUA